AUGUCUCCUUCCUCACUUGAGCUGUGUCCUUCUGUAAAGAAUAUCAUUCUUCUGGAUUCUGAUGGGAGACGUGUGGCGGUUAAGUAUUUUACAGAUGAUUGGCCGACUAAUAGUGCAAAGGAAACUUUUGAGAAGUUUGUAUUCACAAAGACUCAGAUGACCAAUGCUCGCACAGAAGCGGAGAUAGCAAUAUUUGAAAAUAACAUUGUUGUUUACAAGUUUGUCCAAGAUCUUCACUUCUUUGUUACCGGGAGUGACCAAGAAAAUGAGCUUAUCUUAUCCUCCGUUCUGCAGGCAUUUUUUGAUUCUGUUGGCAUCCUGCUCAGAGGCAAUGUGGACAAGAAGGCAGCACUUGAGAACUUGGAUGUCAUUCUGUUGUGCAUUGAUGAAAUUAUUGACGGCGGUAUUAUUCUUGAAACUGAUCCAAAUGUUAUAGCCGGGAAAGCUGCAAGUAACAGUAUAGAUUCUGGAGCUCCUCUGUCUGAACAGACACUAGGUCAAGCACUUGCCUCAGCUAGGGAACAUCUUACAAGAUCCUUUCUUAAAUGA